AUGUUGAACAGUCGAAUGAAUCUGGAAGAGUUCAAGCAAAUUUACUGGAUGGAAUGGGGGCAUAGGCUGUGGGGACGAGUCGUUGGCAUUACAUUCCUCCUGCCGACAGCCUACUUUUUCGCCCGGAGGAAGGUCAGUCCGAUGAUGGCAACAAGACUUGUGGGAAUCUGCGGCUUGAUUGGAUUCCAAGGAGUAAUUGGCUGGUGGAUGGUCAAGAGUGGACUCAAGGACGAUCUGUUUGACACAGGGAGUCAUCCUCGAGUGAGCCAGUACCGACUUGCUGCGCAUCUAGGGACUGCCUUUGUCGCAUACUUGGCCAUGCUGUCCAACGGUCUCUACAUUCUACGAGAAAACAAAAUGCUGAAGAAUCCCGCCGAGGCUGCCAAGUUGCUCGAGACGCUUCAAAGCCCUGCACUGAAGCCUUUUAGACGAAUGGUUGGAGCACUCUCGGUUCUUGUCUACGUAACAGCAAUGUCCGGAGCGCUGGUCGCUGGUUUGGACGCCGGUUUGAUCUACAACGACUUCCCAUGGAUGGGACAAGGCUUGCUUCCACCAAAGCAGGAAAUGCUCGAUCCCUUCUACUCCCACACGCCCGAUCAGAGCGAUUUAGUUUGGCGAAACAUGCUGGAGAACCCCGUGCUUUGUCAGGUUGAUCACAAAGCGCUGGCAACCACCACCUUCACCUCCAUCAUCGCUCUCUGGGUAUACAGCCGGACACGAAGGAGCCUACCAAAAGCAGCGAAGACUAGCAUGUUAGGCGUGGUUCAUUUGGCCACUCUGCAAGUCGCUCUUGGAAUUACAACAUUGUGGUACUUGGUCCCUACAGCGCUUGGAAGCGCACAUCAAGCAGGUGCAUUGGCACUGCUUAGCGGAGUGUUUCUACUUCGCAGCCGUGUCCACGUCUCAAAGCGAACGUUGAAGCUGGUUCAGCAGGCUGUGGCCAAGGGUUCUCGUGCUUGA